AUGUUCACUGAUAAGAGCAACUCAUCACUGGCCCAAAAGCCUGCUCAGAAAAAGACAAGGCCUCACGGACUUCCCUCGCCUGCCUUGUGCUGUGCCUGUGGACUCUGCAUAAUGUUAGCGGGCAUCAACAUCACAUUAGUAGGCGCAUUUGCAUUUGGGACUUUUCUGCCUGUGAACAACCCUCCCAUUAUUAUUGGGCCUAUCUUGCUUGUGGUGGCAUUCACUUUCUUUGGAGCUUGCUGUAUAUGUAGUCGGAGACCUCCAGCCCAUGGCACAAGAAAGUCUAAACCAGGUUCUAACAUUGGUUUUAUAAAGCCAGGCAAUGCAGCCUUUGAAAUAGAAACAAGUGAACACACAGUACAGGACACCACUGCUGUUCAGCUGAGCCCAACUAAUUCUCCCGUGUCCUCGCGGAAAUCAUCACCUGUACAUGAAAACUCAAAAAUGUGCAAACUUUUCACCAUGGAGGCAAAUGGGCCAGCUGCUAAAUUUACAGCAGGAGGGGAAUCAAUACAGCUAAAUUUACCCAGAGAUCCUGUCACUUAA